GUUCAUUGAACGCGUUCCUUGGAUUAAUGUUUAAUGUUAUUUCCCUUCUAACAAAAAAAAUUGAAAAAAUAAAAAACAAAAAAAGCCAAACCCUUUGGGCUGUUCUAUAGGUUCGAAAAAAAAGCAAGUGGUUUUGGAUUCUGACAAACCAAACAACAUUGUCCCAUGUCGAGCAGAUAGUAAGCCAAACUUCAGUUUAUAUCACACACCGACAUACGCCAGCACAAGAGAGCACGACCUUACUUGAGCAGGACCUGUUCUAUAGGAACUGAAAGAGCUGGCCUGACCUUGGGUCAGUUGCAAGAAAGUUACUUGAACCAACAAGGAUUGAAGUGUCAGAAGAGAAAAGACCAGCAUUUGGCAGCUAAUGGUUUUUCUGCUGAAGUAGAGGCUUUGAGAGGAUGGCUGGACAGUAAUGCUUCAUCAGAGGCAGAAUAAGAGGAUGUCUAUGCUGCCAGUAUUAGCGCAAGUGACAUUACUGAUGCUUAACCGAGUUGGGUCCUCAAUUUUGUUUCCUCUUCAUGGGAACGUGUAUCCUAUGGGGUUCUAUAGUGUUACCCUCAACAUAGGCCAGCCAUCAAAGCCUUACUUUCUUGACCCUGACACUGGUAGUGACCUCACAUGGCUCCAGUGUGACGCUCCCUGUGUCCAAUGCACUGAGACACCUCAUCCACUUUACAGGCCCAGCAAAAACCUGGUACCUUGUAAGGACCCUCUUUGUAAAUCCUUGCACCUGCACGGACACAAAUGUGAAACACCAGAGCAAUGUGAAUAUGAGGUUCAGUAUGCAGAUGGUGGUUCAUCUUUUGGUGUUCUUGUCAAGGAUGCUUUUUCCUUCAACUUUAUAAAUGGAGAACAAUUGAAACCUCGUCUAGCCCUUGGAUGUGGAUAUGAUCAAAGUCCUGGUCCCUUUCCUCAUCCCUUUGACGGAGUACUUGGCCUUGGCAAAGGAAAGUCCAGCAUUGUAUCACAGCUUAGUAAGCAAGGUUUGGUGCAAAAUGUCAUUGGCCAUUGUUUAAGUCUCCAAGGUGGAGGAUAUCUCUUUUUUGGGGAUGAUCUUUAUGAUUCUUCACGUGUUCUGUGGACAUCAAUGUCUCGUGAUCAUCCUGAACAUUAUUCACCCGGGUUUGCGGAACUCAUAUUUGGAGGGAAGACUACUGGAAUUAAAAACUUACUCACAGUUUUUGACAGUGGAAGCUCCUACACCUACCUAAAUUCUCCUGCUUAUCAAGCUUUAAUUUCUUUGGUGAAGAAGGAAUUAACUGGAAAGCCCUUAAGAGAAGCAUUGGAUGACAAGACUCUCCCACUCUGUUGGAAAGGUCAAAGACCAUUCAAAAGCCUACAAGAUGUCAGGAAAUACUUCAAGCCCCUAGCAUUGAGGUUCACCAAUGGUGGGAAGGGUAAAUCUCAGUUUGAACUGCCCCCUGAAGCUUAUUUAAUAAUAUCACGCAACGGAAAUGUUUGCUUGGGAAUUCUGGAUGGAACGGAAGCAGGGCAGGAUGUGAACAUCAUUGGAGACAUAUCAAUGCAAGAUAAGGUGGUGAUCUACAACAACGAAAAACAGUUAAUUGGAUGGAUGCCUGCAAACUGCAAUCGGCUUCCAAAGUCUAAAACUACUAGCUUUUGAAGAUAAUGUCAACUUCUCAUCCAUGUCAAUCCGUCUUUGUUAUUAUCAAAGAGCUCCUUAGCUACGAUAUAUAGAAGAAUAGUCAUUGUAUCCUCUCUGUAUAUUACACUCGUAAAUAUGCCUAAGCAGUGUGCUUUGUAUUCCUAUUUGAUAUGUAUAUGGUAGAAACUGUAAAAGGUUUAUACUUC